GCUAGUUAAAAGAGUAAAAUUAUCAUUUUUCAGCCUGAAUGGAGGAUGCUUUGUGUAGGACCCAGUCCACGGACGACACAGAGUUGGUACUGUCUUUGGUAUUACUACUAGGCACAUCAACCCUAGACGACAGUGCAGAUCUGGCGCCCGCUAUCGUCUGCCUAGGCUACUUUAGACCUAGGCUAUUCCAUACACUUCCACACAGAACAGUUUAGCACAUCACCAUACACAUGUGUCAUAUUAGCUAUUGUACGUCUGUUUCAUCGAAUAAAAAUGCGUUAUUCACUGGAACGUUCAAAGAUAUUGUAAUACAUAAAUACAUAACCAUAGCGUUCUGAAAAAGACGGCGGAACUUUCAUACCGAUCAUGUAUCAGUAUCGGAACAUAAUGUGUGACGGACCCAGGCUAAAUGUUGUAUACACGUGAGAUCCUGGAAAAGUUUCAACAGCGAGCUGGACGGCAUUUUGUCUUUAACGUUUAUGCGCCAUACAUUACCAUCAUUUCUACGUAUUGACACGCUCUCCUUGUGCGAUCCACAGAGCUCCUGUCUGUUACGUGCCGUAAGAUGGGGCGACUGAGGAAGAGGCACAACUGGAAGGGACGGGAGCAGAACGAGACACAUCCACCUCCAGAGGCCAAGGAGGAGGGGAAGACUGUUGUAGUGGAACUCAAAGACGGGGCCAACCUAAAGGGGGUGGACGAGAGCAAUGCCCUGGUCCUCCCAGCCACCAAACCCAAGAAGAAGAGGGGCAUUGAGAAGGCACUUACUAAGAAACAGCCCCUUACCAAGAAACAGAGGAAACAUCUACAAAAAGUCCUGGAGGUCAAAGAGAAGAAAGCUAAGAGAGUAGACAUCCUGGCCAAACUGGCUGAAGUGCAGCUGCCUGACUCUGAACUGAAGCUGCUCUACACCACCUCCAAAUUGGGCACAGGAGACAAGCAGUACCAGACCAAACAGACUCCUGAUGAGGUAGAUGACGGAGCCUCAGGGCCCAGGAUCAGCAGCCUGAGUGGAGCCAACAGGAAGAGGAAACGAAGAGCACGAGAGGAAGAGAAGGCAGAAGAGGAGAGUAGUGAUUUGGACUCAUCUGAUGAAGAGAUGGAUGAUAGCAGGAUGGGGAAUAGAAGGGUGGAGGCCACUAAUGUCUCAGAAUCUAAAGAGCCAGCCUCCUCCUGUCAGGAGAAAGAGGUGGAAGAGAAAAAGGAGAUGAGCGAGGAGUCAGGCCCUGCUCGGGCCUCCAGUAAAAAACCUUCCGAGCCAGCAAUCUUCAUCUCCGUGGACAGACUGCCAGAGAUACAGGAUUCCCGUCUGAGGCUGCCAGUGCUGGCUGAGGAGCAAGUAAUCAUGGAGGCGGUGAGAGAGAACAGUUUUGUGGUUCUGUGUGGAGAGACGGGAAGUGGUAAAACCACCCAGGUACCCCAGUUCUUGUACGAGGCUGGAUAUGCCAGUGGCACUGGGAUCAUUGGUGUGACAGAGCCUAGGAGAGUGGCAGCUGUCAGUAUGUCCCACAGAGUGGCCAAAGAGAUGAACCUGUCUACACGGGUGGUGUCGUACCAGAUCCGUUAUGAGGGGAAUGUGACUAGUGACACCAAGAUCAAGUUCAUGACAGACGGAGUCCUGCUGAAGGAGAUUCAGAAGGACUUCCUGCUCCAGAGGUACAGUGUGAUCAUCAUAGAUGAGGCCCAUGAGAGGAGUGUGUACACAGACAUCCUGAUUGGCCUGCUGUCACGCAUCGUACCACUCAGAAACAAGAAAGGCCUCCCCAUGAAGCUGAUAGUGAUGUCAGCUACUCUGCGUGUGGAGGACUUCACAGAAAACAGGAAGCUGUUUCCUACUCCUCCUCCCGUCAUAAAGGUGGAGGCCCGUCAGUUCCCUGUAAGCGUUCACUUUAACAAACGGACUCCUCUGGAGGACUACACUGGAGAGGUGUUCCACAAGACCUGUAAGAUCCACCGCAUGCUGCCCCCUGGGGGUAUCCUGGUGUUCCUGACUGGUCAGGCUGAGGUCCACUCUGUCUGCAGGAGACUGCGGAGGGCCUUCCCUUUCAGGAGGGGCAAUACAGCUACUGGUGAGGGAGAGGAGGCAGCAACAGACUACUCAGAUGAGAUGAAGAAGUUUAAGAAAGCCAAACAUAAGAGAACUGUGUCCCUACCCCGUAUUGACCUGGAUAAUUACUCAGCGUUGCCGGUGGAUGAGGGGGACGAGGACCGUCUGGCGGGGAUAGAUGAUGAGGGGUCAGACCUAGAACUAGGAGACGAUGCUGCAGACACAGAGGAGAAGGCGGACCCGUCCCUCCCUCUUUAUGUCCUCCCCCUCUACUCUCUCCUGGCUCCAGAGCAGCAGGCUAAGGUGUUCCAGCCCCCUCCUCAUGGUACACGUCUGUGUGUCGUGGCUACCAACGUAGCAGAAACCUCUCUAACCAUCCCGGGGAUAAAGUAUGUGGUCGACUGCGGUCGGGUCAAGAAGCGCUUCUACGACCGCGUCACGGGGGUCUCCUCCUUCAAGGUCUCCUGGACCUCACAGGCCUCAGCCAAUCAGAGGGCAGGCCGGUCAGGCCGUACCGAACCUGGACACUGCUAUAGGCUGUACUCAUCAGCGGUGUUUGGAGACUUCAGUCUGUUCUCAGAGGCAGAGAUCACCCGCAGGCCAGUUGAGGACCUGGUACUACAGAUGAAGGACCUUAACAUAGACAAGGUGGUCAACUUCCCAUUCCCCACAACUCCCUCAGCUGAGGCGCUGGUGGCAGCAGAACAGUUACUGGUUUCACUGGGAGCCCUAGAGGAGCCGCCACGCACCGGACGGGUUAAGGAGAUGGAGCGAGCGCGUCUGAGCUGUCCCAUCAGCCCCUUGGGCAGGGCAAUGGCAUCAUUCCCCGUGUCACCACGCUACGCUAAGAUGCUGGCGCUAGGGAAGCAGCAGGACUGUCUGCCUUACGUCAUCGCUGUGGUGGCCGCCAUGACGGUCCGGGAGAUCUUUGAGGAUCUGGACAGACCUGCUGGUAGUGAGGAUGAGAGCUCCAAGCUGGCCCAGCGUCGAGCCCGGCUGGCCCAGAUGAGGAGGCUGUGGGCUGGGCAGGGAGCCUCUCUACUGCUGGGGGACCUCAUGGUCCUGCUGGGUGCUGUGGGUGCGUGUGAGUUUGCUGGCUGCACUCUUAAAUUCUGUGAAGAGAAUGGACUGCGGUAUAAAGCCAUGCUGGAGAUCAGACGACUUAGAGGACAGCUCACCAACGCAGUGAACUCAGUGUGUCCAGAGGUGGGUGUGUUUGUGGACUGUAAGAUGGCUCCACCUACUGAGAGCCAGGUGGUGUGUUUACGUCAGAUAGUGCUGGCGGGACUGGGAGACCACCUCGCCAGACGGGUACAGCAAGAGGAACUUCUAGACCCAAAAUGGAGGAAUGGAUACAAGACCCCACUCCUGGAUGAGCCAGUCUACAUCCACCCCUCCUCAGCCCUGUUUAAAACGCUACCUCAGUUUGUGGUCUAUCAGGAGGUCUUGGAGACCACCAAGAUGUACAUGAGAGGUGUGUCAGCGGUAGAACCAGAGUGGGUUCCCCAGCUCCUCACCCAGUACUGCCAUUUUGGAUCUCCUCUGGAGACCCCGUCGCCAUGGCUCUGUGCCUCUACAGGCAGGGUCAAAUGUCACUGUACCAGCACCUUUUUCCGAUGUGGCUGGCAGCUUCCUGCUAUAGAGAUGGAUUACCCAGAUGGCCUGGAACGAUACAAACUGUUUGCCAAGUUUCUUCUGGAAGGACAGGUCUGCCCUAAAUUGAAGCAGCACAGCGGUUAUCUUCUCUCAAACCCUUCCAUCAUGAUGAAGACCUGGGCAAAACUCCAGCCCAGGACUGAGGCUCUGCUGGGAGCUUUAGUGUCAGAGAGAGUGGACUGCAGAGACUUACUGCUCUCAUCCUGGAAGAACCACGACAAAUUCCUCUUGACUGCGUACUGCCAGUGGAUCCCUGAAGCUAAGCACCAAGACGUGGCCAAGAGCUGGCCUCCCAUCUGACACAGAGGACACUGAUACCAGCUUUGCAGCCUGCCAAACCAGCCAUACCAUCACAGUGCCAUCAACACAACCCCAUUACACAUACCAGGGAGCCAGUUAUCCAUACCUCAGCCAGCCACACAACACACAGGACCUUUUGGCUGUUCUGUACAGAACUGUUCAGGGGAAGGGCCGUCUUUCACUUGGACGAUGUGUCCAUCUCUGGUUGUGUUUUGAUACAUUUUUAAGACUGCUUAUUUGUGCUAGUCUGAAACUGAUGAUUAGAAUGAGAUUUGUUCAAUGUUGGACAAGUCUUUUUGAAGAUGAAGCCUUAAUCUUACCACGCAGUUGACACCCAAAAUAAAUACGAAGGCUUUUUUUUCUGUUUUAA